GCCCUUUUUGUCAUAUUAAUCAUAUAUAAAGUAGCUUACAUUACAGUAAAUAAAGUAGCGGCUUCAAGUAAAGACGAUAGAGCUGGAAUCUUGGAUAAAAGCCACUCUGCCAUCUCUCCUUUUCUCUGUCCAAGAGCAAUUUCUGCUCACUCACUCUAACCAGCUAUUAAGAGAGAUAAGAGAACUCUUCUGAAGUUAGCUAAAACAAUGGCGAGGAGCUCUUCAAGAACCAGAUGGGUCUCUUUGCUCAUGCUUCUUCUUUCUCAUUUGGCUACUGCCACAGCCCUUGUUCAAGAUGGUCUUGUGGCGAACGGUGAUUUUGAGGCCGCCCCAUCCAACGGCUCUCCAAGCGAGAUCAUUGGGAGCGUUACCGACAUUCCAAGCUGGAAAGUAAAGGGCACCGUCGAGCUAGUCUCAUCUGGGCAAAAACAAGGUGGGAUGAUCCUCAUCGUACCACAAGGCUCCCACGCCGUUCGAUUAGGCAACGACGCCGAGAUCAGCCAAGAAGUGGAGGUGGAGAAGGGGUCCACUUAUUCCGUUACGUUCAGCGCGGCGCGGACGUGCGCACAGCUGGAGUCACUUAACGUGUCCGUGCCACCUGCUUCGCAGAACAUGGACCUUCAGACAUUGUACAACGUGCAAGGGUGGGACCCUUACUCGUGGGCCUUCGUGGCCCAAGAAGAUACCGUGAAUUUGGUUUUUAGAAAUCCGGGCAUGGAAGAUGACCCCACUUGUGGGCCCAUCAUUGAUGACAUUGCUAUCAAGAAGCUUUUCAGUCCUGAUAAACCCAAAGACAAUGCUGUACUGAAUGGUGAUAUGGAAGAAGGCCCAUGGAUGUUCAGAAAUGUGUCAUUAGGGGUUUUACUUCCGACCAACCUCGAUGAAGAAACAUCCCCAUUGCCCGGUUGGAGUGUUGAAUCAAACAGGGCAGUCCGCUACAUAGACUCGUACCAUUAUUCUGUCCCGCAGGGCAAACGAGCUGUGGAAUUACUCUCUGGGAAGGAAGGAAUCAUCUCUCAAAUGGUUGAGACCUCAGCAAACAAGGAUUAUACAAUGACAUUUGCUUUAGGCCAUGCUGGGGACAAAUGCAAGCAGCCUCUUGCAGUUAUGGCCUUUGCCGGGGACCAAGCCCAGAUAGUCCAUUACACGCCCGAUUCUAACUCAACCUUUCACAGUGCCAGUCUGAAUUUCACCUCUAAGGCAGACAAGACACGGAUUGCAUUCUACAGUGUGUAUUAUAAUACAAGAACUGAUGAUUUGAGCUCGCUUUGUGGCCCUGUGGUGGACGAUGUAAGGGUAUGGUUUUCGAGUUCCAUGAGAAAUGUGUUUGGGAGAUUGGGAUUGGGAGUUGGGGUUGGGUUUUGGGUAGUUGUUUUUGCUUUGUUUUAGAGUUGUUGUUUGAGUUGAAUGUGUUGUUUAAGUUUCGUUUAGUGGGUUUGACAGUGGGAGUACUGGUAAACCAAAAUCCCAUGUCUUGUAUGUUUGUAUGUGAGCCUUUGCUUUAGAGUUUUGUUAUUAAAAAUAUGAAUUUGUCUUAGUCAA